AUGAAUGUGAUCCAAGCGAAGACGGAAUCUUUCGAUGAAGCAGUGCAAAGGAAUGUCAGGGACGCUCUGAAUGAAGACGUUGGAAUCUGCGACUGGACUUCGCUUUUGGCCCCAGCUAACCAGAGAGCUGUUGCUCGGGUGAUUUCCCGAGACGAAGAAACCGUGAUUUGCGGUGUACGAUGGUUCGACAACGUUGUUCGAAGUGUGGACGACACGGCUGGGGUUCAUUGGAUGGUGGAGGAAGGAAAUGUUGCCAAAAGUGGGGAUGUGGUGUGCGAAGUUACGGGCGACUCGAGGAAACUGCUCACGGCAGAAAGGGCGGCCCUGAAUUUCUUGCAGCUUCUGUCUGGCAUUGCGACGAACGUGAGGCGACACGUCGAAGUUGUCAAGGGACGCUGUCAAAUUUUGGAUACGAGAAAAACCUUGCCUGGUCUGAGGUUAGCACAGAAAUACGCAGUGAAGGUUGGUGGAGGAUCAAAUCAGCGUCUCGGUUUGUAUGACGGAAUUCUUAUCAAGGAGAAUCACAUCAUGGCGGCGGGUAGUGUGACGCGUGUUAUUCAAAAUGCGCGGGAGCUUAAUUCGGGCGUUAAUAUUCAAAUAGAAGUAGAAACUAUCGACCAAUUGAAGGAAGCGUUGGAAGCGGGUGUAAAGUCUAUUUUGUUGGACAAUUUCGAUACGAGUUCCAUGCGAGAGGCUGUGAAAGUGAACUGUGGUCGCGCGUUGCUCGAAGUGUCUGGCGGAGUUGAUUUUGAAAGCCUAAGUGAAAUCGCAGACACAGGCGUUGACCGCGUUUCGAUUGGAAAACUAACUAAUGUGAAAAAUGAUGGUGAUGGCGGUGAUGUCAACCCACAAGAUUACUCAGCUUUGCUGGAGAGUGGAUUCAAAAUGCUGGUGGAUCAGUUUGCACUUCAACAGGAAAGAGAUCAAGAUCUGAUUCUUUCACCUGAAAUUUUGAAUAAGCUGUCCAAUAUUGUGCAAGAAAAUUCCAAGCGGAUGAUGAAACCAUCAGAUAGGCGUUGUGAAGAAAGGGAUGGAAGUGACAUCGAGGGCAACAUGGUUUGGAAUCGCAUUCGCACAGCUAAACUCAUUGACAGAGCGGUGAACAAAUUACUGCCUGGUGUCACGUCGCAUGAAGUGGAGUUCGACCCCUCCACGAAAGCGAAGGGUGUUCUGGAAGCAGUUCCGGCGCAGGAAAGAGCGCGUCUAUUCGUGCGUUCGCAAGCUUUAGAGUAUAAGGAAGAUCGGGGCCUAAGCGGGCCAUUUGAAGAUAAUCAUGAGGAUCCCGUGGAGAAUGCCUGCAAAAUUGAGUGGUUCUCGCUCCCGAAGGGGUUCCAGCUUGAUAUGGGCAAAGCUGAACCAUACCCUGGACUCAAAAUCGAGCUGGGGGACCCCGUCAAGUGCGGCUGUGACCGUGCUACUCUUUCGGCGUGGAACAAGCGUCAAAUGUUCUUUAAGAUCAUCGAGAACGUCACGGUGGAUUUAUUGCGGCUGACUGAAUUUCUGGGUGUCCUCUCUGAAGAACUCAAAGCCGAGCUUCGGGCCGACUCUUCGGACUUGAAAUUUAGCCUGAAAGACGCCGUCCAAGACAUCAGCGAUGUCUCUGAUAUGCUCUCCAAUCGGAGCGAGGCACUCUUUUACAUCACUUGUCAACAUUCCCGGGAGUGCGUUCUGCAGGCGUCUGGCAUGAAGGGGUUUCCGAAGAACUAUCUUCGUCUGUCGCAUGCCUCGAAAAUUUUAUUCGAACCCGGGGUAACUGAUUUGAUGAACAAGUUGAUUCGGACGGGCAAGAAGCACAUCCCGAAGCGAGAAGGAGGCUAUGCUCCCCGUGGUGGCGGUGUCGCCCGUGGAGGGUAUCGGGGAAAUUUUGCGGGUGACCAGGGAAAUGGAAAUGUCAGUGGGGGCUAUGGCGCCUUUGUCGCGACGGACCAACGCGCCAUGCAUCAGGAUGUUGUGCUUCGUUUAUCCUCAUACGUGUUCGAGAUAGAUGUUUCCAGGAAAACGGCAGACUUCACACAUGCUCAUUUCUUAUGCGUUUUACUAUUUAUCGAUGGGGAAUGUUCACAUUUUCCUUACGUACCCGAUUAUUUAUCCAGUCCAGGAAAACGAGGAUUCUGUUCACUGGCAAGAGCUGGCGAUUUCCGAGUGAUGGCGGGAACCGAGGAUAAGCAUGCAACCGAAGAAGAAAAAAGCGUUGAGUCGGUUGAAGACCUAGGUUUUCUUCAGAAUUUGGAAAAUGAAGAUCCACUUGGAAGCGACAAACCGGAGAAGCAAGUAGAAGAUGAAUCCGUUCGGUCCUUGGUGAAUGAAGUUAUUUACAGCGGUGCGCAGAAAGCCAUUAAUGUGCAGUCAUUAGACGAGAACUUCUUGCUGUCGGAAGAUGCUAUAGAAAGCGUACGCAAGCUUCUGGCCGAAGACUACAGAAGAAAGAAGGCCCAGAAGGAAGCUGCAAGUGCGCAGGAUUCCAAGAAUAGUUCGUCGAAUGAAAGAAUUUGGAAUCGCGCUCGAAGUGCGAAAAUGGUUGAGCGGGCUGUCGAGAAACGCCUGCCUGGUGUUCAGCAAAAAACAAUUAUUGAUGGGGAAAUUACUCAUUGUGGCAUCGUAGUUUCUGUGCCUAGAGUUGAGGACGCGAAAAGAUAUAUGAAAGCUCAAGCGCUUUCGUAUGAUGCGUCACGUCCACUUAAUGGCCCUUUCCCGGACGAUAAAAUGGAUGAUCCUGUAGAACUAGCGUGUCACUUGAACUGGUUUUCCCUGCCCAAGGGCUACCAACUGGACUUCGGCAAAGCGGAAACACAGCCCUUUGAAUUCAGGCUUGGUGAUCCGGUAAAGUGUGGUUGCAGUAAUAAGACCAUCGUGGCCUGGAAGACGCGGGAAUUGUUCAUGAGAAUUUUUGAGCAAUUGGCGCUGGACAUUUCAAGAUUAAGUGAAAUACAGGCUUUACUCACAGAAGAAAUCGAAGCCGAAAUGAAGAUAGGUGCCGAGGAUUUGAAGUCUCGACUGACUGCGGCUGUCAAAGACAUUGGAGAUGUAUCUUCAAUGAUGUGCAAUCGCGCUGAAGGUCUAUUCUAUUUGACCUGUCAGCAAAGCCGAGAAGCAGGUUUGAAAUUGUCUGGCCUCAAAGGGUUUAGCAAGAAUUAUUUGCGUCUCGCGCACGGCAGUAAGGUGCUAUUUGAACCUGGGAUAACAGACAAGAUGAACAUCUUGGUGCACCAGGGGGAAAAGAAGAUCCCCGAAAAUACACGGCGUGGUUUUUGAAUAGAUGGAAUCUUGGGAUCCCUGUGAAAGAGGGAUUUUUCCAUCAUCGUUGCAUUUUGUUGAUUUCUGAAGGAAUAUUUCAUCUGGUCUUUCCAGGCUUGUUGAUAUGUGCUGCGCACAGAACUUUUGCAGAAGGGAAAUAAUUUUUUCGCUGAAAAUUUGCUCUGCUGAUUCGUGAAGGCUUUAUUCUGAAUUUGUUGGAAUGGAAGAAAAGGGUAAAAUUCAGCGGUAUUUUAAUAAUAUGAGAUAAGAUGCAAAUUUGCUGAGCCGGGAGAGAAAUUAAGUCCUCUGAAACGAGAUUUGGGUUUUCCAAUUAUAUCCAUCCUGGUGAUUUGAAUAAUCAGCAUUAAGGCACCUUCUACCCAAUGUUCUUCAGAAACAUUUUUCGGAAUGAAAGUCGCAGUAGGGAGAUGGUUUUUGUGAGGGAAGAUCAUCAUGUGAUGUGUGAAGUUUUCGUUUUAAAUUUGUUCGAAUGAAAAAAGCAGGAGAAAGCAUUGCGUGCGUUUUAUUUUGAACGCUUGAACAAAGGUAAUCCCGGAUUUACAAGCGAGUCGUGAUCCGGGUUGAAAAUUAAUUCCAUCGUCUGAUUAUGAUUUGUUGAAACAUUUCUUGUUGAAUUCUUUCGGAUUUUCAAUUGUUCCCCGAAACGGAGUCCCGACAAAGCUUUUUCUCCGCGAAAUUUACAUCACUUGAUUGUGUAAACCUUUUUCAAUUUGUUUAAUAGACGGAAAGCGGCAAAGCAAGUAUUCUAGACGCAUUUCUAGAAAGCGUUUGUUAAAAAAAUAUAUAUUCUUCCAUUUUUUGGUCCAUGGGAAGGAGUGAUUUCAACAUCAUCCACGCACAUUCAUUAUCCUGAUCAAUAAUUUCAUGAGAAAAUGUCUGGCGUUUGUCAAGGUUUACUUUCCUUGGAAAGAAGAUGAAUUUGAUUGGGAAAAUUUUGUUGAUCCUGAUUCUUGGUUUUGUUCUUCAUUUGAAAGCGCGUUCUUAUUUCGGCCAUAAAUUUCAUUCUUGUUUUCCAUGCGGUCAAAAUUUUCGGUUGAGAAAAUUUAGAAAAGCCAAGCUAAUCUAAUCCAACUCGUCGAUGAAUCUUCUUCGGCUAGAAUUCUUUUCAUCAGUGCC